GCACUAUUGUAAGAAUAUGCGUUAUCGUGUAGUGUAUCCGAUUCCCACUCAACUAGGGUAUUCAAAAUAUAAUGGUACGUGGACUGGAAUUACAAAACAAGUUGUAAAUCAGGAAGCAGAUAUCGCUUUUGUACCAACGGGGAUCACUUACGAUCUUUUUUCAGCGAUACAGUUUUCGUCCACACUUGGACUUUCUGAGAACAUUUUUAUCAUUAGAGCUCCAAAUAAAGCUUCUGAUUGGAAUUCUCUAAUGAAGCCUUUUGCCUUGGACAUAUGGAUCGCUGUAUUCUCAACUGUAUUAAUAUUUGGACUGUCCCUGCAUUUAAUUCUUAAAAAGGACUUAAUCGUUGAGAAGAAUAGAAAACGUUGGACACGUUGUCGAAUUUUUUGGGAUUUAUUUUGCACAUUAUUGGGUCAAGGAUUAGAUAUACGGAACGUAAAAACGUUUGCUUCUAGAUUUAUGAUAGAAAUUUGGUGGUUAUCGAUUGUUGUUUUGCUAUAUGGUUACAGCGGAGGGUUAAAAUCCUUUAUGGCAUGUCCUUUAAUUGAAUCGUAUCCUAAAAAUUUUUACGAACUUGGCACUUUUGUUCGGAAUGGUGAGUAUUCUUGCGGAACAAUGAAAAUAUUAAAUGUAUGGAAAGCUAUUGAGACGUUUCUUUCUAGAGUAAAUCGCUUGUUCGAAGCGGGAAUUGUUCAGAAAUUGUUACCAAAAGAAAUUGAAGAAUUUAAUGAAGAGUCUGUAUUUCAAGCAUUAUCAGUCGAAGACAUUAAGAGUCUUUUGUUAUUCGUUGGCAUUGGCAUUUUAUUAUUUCAAAUAGGAGUGUCCAACAAUUCAUAUGUUUGGAGAGUUGCUGGAAUCACAAAUGCAAUGUUCAUGAGAUAUGAUGAAUCUAAAAGACAAAUAACAGGCGGAAAGUACUUUCCAUUUUUCAAAGUUAUCCAAGAAAAACUAAAAUUUAGUUAUUUUGUAGUGAAGCCAAUAGAAAGUAUCUUAGGAUAUAAAGAUGAAAAUGGUAAGUGGCUGGGAAGUACGGGACAAGUGGCAAACCAGAGGAAUAUUCCACCUUUAUAUCUAUUGAGAAAAUGCGUUGAUAAUUUAGUAUUUCCGUAA